UCCCCCAGCGCCAGCUCCGAGCAGAUGCGGACGCUCUUCGGCUUCCUGGGAAAGAUCGAGGAGCUGCGCCUCUUCCCCCCGGAUGAUUCUCCUUUGCCUGUUUCAUCGCGUGUCUGUUUUGUAAAGUUCCACGAUCCUGACUCGGCAGUUGUGGCCCAGCAUCUGACAAACACUGUGUUCGUUGACAGAGCGUUGAUAGUCGUACCAUAUGCAGAAGUGAAGCAGCCGACACGAGUCGUUGUUCAUAAAACAGCUUUUGAAAGUUGAGAGCACACCCCUGGAGAACCGACUGUGCUUGCUUACGUUUGGUUCAUGACUUAAAAAUCGAGUACAG